GGCGGCGUUGUCGGCGUGCUGUCCGACGACGUGGACGAGUUCAGCGUCGACGGCACCGCCCCGACAGCUCCUGCGAGCGACGCCGAGGAGUUCGAGGAGGAGGAGCUGGAGGCCCACGCUCACGAUGUCGGCGCCGACGGCCAGAAGCAGGCCGUGGUGCAGAGUCACGGCGACGUGGGCGCAGGCGGGGGCCUCUCGGACGGUGAGCUUGCAGGCAGGGAUGGCGCCGGGGCGGGGAUCGAGGGGACGACGCGCUUCUUCGACUGGUUAAACGACGAGGCGCUCUUCGGCCCCAACGGCCUCGUGGAGAAGGCCCAGUUCCUGGACCCGGCCGCGUCCACGAUGCAGCGCGACGCAGUGGAGGUGCUCCGCUGGCGUGCGCUGGACAGGGUCAAGGACGACCACGCCGCGGAGCGCGACGGGGGCACAGACAAGGGCGUGGACAUGGACGAGUGCAUGCAGGCAGUACGGGCCGAGGCCCAGGAGCAGACGGAGCGAAUGGGGUGUUGAUGUGAUGCACCGCACUUGAAUGGAGCGGCAGUUCGGUGGGGGUUGGCGUUUCGGCCUCGACUCACCGCGGGAGAGCGGGAU